ACUCCUUUCCUCUUCUCCGAAGCACCGUCUCUCACUACUGCCGUGAGCUUCUGUCGCUAUCCCCGAGAAACCCUAUCCGCCCCUGCUGGUUACCGUACCCAACUCUUUCGUUCGCUAUACAUCUUCCUCUGGACCUACGUUGUACAACACUACGCCGCUCCAGACAGCAAGCUAAUCAACCCACGAAAAGCUUAUUACAACCAAUGUGCCCCAUAUGCCGUCACGGUCCCCAUAUAACCCGUCCCAUCCUCCCACGUCCGCCUCUCCGUCCGGCCAUAUCCAUCCUGCUGCGAUCCCUUUCCCAGCAGAGGGAAACUCGCCCUAUCGGAUUGCACAAGAUGCACCAGGCCAAUCGUCCAUGACUGGCAACCCAGCCACGUCACCUUCGCAUCGUCGGGGACAUUCUCGUUCCAUCAGCCAUCCGUUCCCCUCACCCUUCGGUGGAAUCGCGAAACGGCGCAACCGGUCGAUCUCUAAAAAGGAUAACUUCUUGUUCGAUUCCGAUGAUGAAGAUGACGAUCAAGUUACUUAUCUGCCGGAUCCUCACUCUGCCAGCCCUCGCAAGGGGUCCCUGCGUCCGACCCCGGCAGAGGAGAUGACCUCAGGGAAGUGCAUGGUCUGCAACAGCACGGUGCGUUGGCCGCGAAGUCUCAAGGUUUUCCGGUGCACGGAAUGCUUGACUGUGAACGACUUGGAGCCGUAUGUGGACUCGGGAAAGGCUGGUAGCCAUGGCCUUCUAGAGAAUGAUGGGAAAGCACCCACCCCCGUAGUGCCCAGAAAAGCUAUUCCACUUUCUGUCGAGCGGACAAAGACUAUCCUAGACGAAUGCCUGUCCAAGUACCUCCGACAGCUCCUCGAUGUCCCACAACCGCAAAGCUCAUCGCCAGAGACCUAUAAUGGAAAGCGCUUGGAGAUCGCGCAGGAUGAGAAUCUGUCGCAGUCUCCGAACCAGUCGUCCGGGUAUUUGUCUGAACCUCGACAGCCGGUGGACCCACGAGGCCGCAGCUCUUCUACGUCCAGUAAGCCUGUGAAGCCGGAGGCAAUGGGCGCGAUCCCGAAUUACUCGAAGCCUAAUCUGACUCCGUCUUACGCUCAUGGGGAAAGGAAAGGCUCUCAGAUGAGAAGUAGGGAUGCUCAAAACACGCCAAAGCGUGAUCGCUCGCCUCGGAAUGCUGCGCCAUUGAACGGGUCGGACGCUAAGGUUCCCACCAGUCGUCCUUACGUCUUUAGGGCGCUCGAGGAAUAUAUCAUAACCUCGUUCAAAGGCUGUGACUGCUUGAAUAGCUCCUUUACAACCGUGCAGCCGACAUCGCAGACCGCCGAUCACGGCAGUCCACCGAAGCAGAAAGCGGAACCCAGCUCUGCACAGGCCUCCAACCAGGUAGCAUUCGAGCCGGAUCCGAAGCUGCUGCUCCUGGGAGAUAUUGCGGAAAAUUCCUCUUGGUGGAUGAAUGAGGUGGAACAGAUUAGUAGCACCCAUCCGUCGCGAUCGAAAGAGCGCCGCGAGAAAUCUUCGAGUUCGUCUAGACCCGUUUCCUCCCGGAGCCCUCGGAUCAAUUGGGCAGAACUUGCGCAAUGGCACCACAUGAUCAUGACGGCAGGGACGUCGUGGGUCGAGCUUUGGUCAGCGAUGAAGCCCCUCGAGGGAUUGAAAGAAGAUGACGUCCUGAGAGCUCACAAAUGGGACACCAUCGAUCUCGCCAUGGUCGACAGGGAGAUCACUGAAUCACGGUUGCACUUGCACCGAACGCUCUUAAAGGCCACGGAAAACCUCCUGAAGCGGCCGAGGCGGCCCUUGAAAAAGCCCGAGGAUGUUCGAUUCCUACUGAUGCUACUGACAAGCCCAUUGAUCCAUACGUCCAGCCCGUCUCUGUCGGCUUACACUCUGACUCCUUCGGCGGCGCGUAGUGACCGGAGGCCUUCUCAUCCAAAAGAUGGCAAUUUGAAACCAGCAUCUCGUGAUCUGAAGCCACCUCCGAAACCCCGAAGCAGUGGUCCAGGGCAUCAUUUUGGCAUCGUGAAGAGGAUACUGGGACUAUUGGCCAACUUGCCGAACGACUGCCAUCAUUACCUAGUGUCAUGGUUCUCUCGUUUCUCUGCCGGGCAAUUCGAGAAGAUAGUCGACCUCACUGGUAGCUUCGUCACUCAUCGUUUAGCCCGCCAGCAUGGUCGUAAACGCAGUGAGUCGGCACAGCACGAUGACGGUCUGGUGCCUAGCUUCUCCAGCGCCGCCGGCAACACUCCGGCCGAGCUACAUGCUGCCAUCAACGGCAGGAGCCCCAGUAAAUCAGCGAAUGAAAAGCGCGACCGGCCCGUCAUCUAUACUGAUGACUGGCAGGUUCGGGCUGCAGCCCGCGUCAUGUCGUUGCUCUUCACGGCUAACAAUGCGAACGUCAGCCGCAAGCCGGAUGGCAUCCUCGGCCAAGAUGCGGGCUCUGUCGCCAAACAUCCAGCCAGUCGGCGGGGUCAUAUGAUUCCGAUCAGCUCCUUCUACAACACCCUGCUGGACUAUUCGGACCUCGUGGCCGACUUUGAGGCCUGGGAGUCGAAGACGACGAAGUUCUCGUUCUGUCAAUAUCCCUUCUUCCUGAGCAUCUGGGCCAAGAUCCAUAUCCUCGAACACGAUGCCCGCCGUCAAAUGGAGGUCAAGGCCCGCGAGGCAUUCUUCAACAGUAUCAUGAGUCGGACGGCAAUCAGCCAGUAUCUCGUGCUCAAGGUGCGGCGCGACUGUUUGGUCGAAGACAGCCUCCGUGGCGUCAGUGAAGUGGUUGGCUCGAGCCAGGAGGAAAUCAAGAAAGGGCUUCGUAUCGAGUUUCUGGGUGAGGAGGGCGUUGACGCGGGAGGUCUUCGCAAGGAGUGGUUUUUGCUACUGGUCCGGGAAAUCUUUGAUCCUCAUCACGGGCUCUUCAUCUACGACGAGGACUCACGCUAUUGUUAUUUCAAUCCGUACUGCUUUGAGUCCUCGGAGCAAUUCUUCCUGGUUGGCGUGCUCCUGGGGCUUGCCAUCUACAACUCCACUAUUCUUGACAUUGCUCUGCCCCCUUUCGCAUUUAAGAAGCUCCUAGCAGCGGCGCCGCUGUCAUCGAUCACGCGGCCCACGUACAAGUGCAGCCUGGAUGAUCUGGCCGAACUCCGGCCCGCGCUUGCCAAGGGUCUUCGGGCGCUUUUGGAAUUUGAGGGGGACGUGACGGAUACGUUCUGCUACGACUUCGUUGCGCAAGUAGAUCGAUAUGACGAGGUGGUGCCGGUGCCCCUCUGCGCCGGAGGCGAGAACCGGCCGGUGACGAACGCUAAUCGCCGCGAGUUUGUGGACCUGUAUGUACACUAUCUGCUGGACACGGCGGUCACGCGGCAAUUCGAGCCGUUCAAGCGGGGGUUCUUCACGGUGUGCGGGGGUAAUGCGCUCUCACUUUUCCGUCCGGAGGAGAUCGAGCUCCUGGUGCGCGGCUCGGAUGAGCCGCUCGAGGUGGCGUCCCUGCGGGCGGUUGCCACGUAUGACAAUUGGUCCAAUGCACGGCCGGAGACGGAGCCGGUGGUACGAUGGUUCUGGGACUUUUUCGAGCAGACACAGCCGCAGGCACAACGCAAGAUCCUGUCGUUUGUAACAGGGAGUGAUCGGAUCCCGGCCAUGGGGGCAACGAGCCUCUCGAUCCGGCUGGUGUGCCUGGGCGACGACUCGAGCCGGUUCCCAACAGCGCGGACAUGUUUCAACCAGCUGGGACUGUACCGAUAUGAGACACGGGAGAGACUAGAGCAAGUUCUGUGGGAUGCAGUGCUGAACAGCGAAGGAUUUGGGCUGAAAUAGACAGGGAGCAGGACUCCCGAGUUCGAAUCCAGUGGUGUCUUGGGGGCAUUACCGGAAUUACG